AUGAAGUUUCAAACAGUCAAAAGGAAAACCCUGGCCCAAGUGUAACUGACAAAGAUAAAACUUUUCAAAAUCACAAAAAAAUUCCUGACCCAAGAAUAACUGACAAAGAUAAAAUUUCUCCAAAUCGAAAGAAAAUUCCUGGCGCAAGUGCAACUGACAAACAUAAAACUCGUCCAAAUCGAAAGAAAAUUCCUGGCUCCAGUGUAACUGACAAAGAUAGAGAUGCUGAAAGUCCUGGCCCAAGUGUAGGUGACAAAGAUCAUAAAGCUGAAAGUGCUGGCAAGAGUGCAACCAAAAAAGAUAAAAAGGCUGGAAGUCCCAGCCCAAGUGGAACCAAAAACGAUAAAAAAACUGAAAGUCCUAGCUCAAGUGCAACCAAAAAAGGUAAAAAAGUUGAAAGUCCUACCCCAAGUGUGGUUGAAGAAGACCAUGAGUAUAAGAAAAGGUCCAAGAUCAAGAAAAAGAUAAAACCUAGAAAGCAAAGAAGAAAAGAAGAAAAAAAGUCAGAAAAAGAUAAAAAAGCUGAAAGUCCUGGCCCGAUUGUAGGUAACAAAUAUCAAAAAGAUGAAAGUCCUGACUCAAGUGUAACUGAAAACGAUAAAAAAGCUGUAGGUCCUGGACAGAUGGCAACCAACAACAAUAAAGAAGGUGAAAGUCCCCGCCCAAGUGUAACUGAAAAAGAUCAAAAAGGUGAAAGUCCUGGCCCAAGUGCAACCAAAAAAGAUCAUAAAGAUGAAAGUCCUGGCUCAAGUGUAACCGAAAAAAAUGAAAAAGUCCAAAGUCUUGGCCCAACUGUAAGUGACAAGGAUCAAACAGCUGAAAGUACUGACUCAAGUGUAACCAAAAAAGAUCAAAAAGUUCAAAGUCUUAGUGCAACUAUAGGAGACAAGGAUCAAACAGCUGAAAAUCCUGACUCCAGUGUAACUGAAAAAGAUCAAGAAGUUGAAAGUCCUAGCCCAACUGUAGGUGACAAGGAUCAAACAGCUGAAAGUCCUGGCUCAAGUGUACCUGAAAAAGAUCAAAAAGUCAAAAGUCCUAGCCCAACUGUUGGUGACAAGGAUCAAACAGCUGAAAGUCCUGACUCAAGUGUAACUGAAAAAGAUCAAAAAGUCAAAAGUCCUAACCCAACUGUAGGUGACAAGGAUCAAACAGCUGAAAGUCCUAACUCAAGUGUAACUGAAAAAGAUCGAAAAGUCAAAAGUCUUGUCCCAACUGUUGGUGACAAGGAUCAAACAGCUGAAAGCACUGCCUCAAGUGUAACUGAAAAAGAUCCAAAAGUCAAAAGUCUUAGCCCAACUGUAGGUGACAAGGUACAAACAGCUGAAAGCACUGACUCAAGUGUAACUGAAAAAGAACUAGAAGUCAAAAGUCUUAGCCCAACUGUAGGUGACAAGGUACAAACAGCUGAAAGCCCUGACUCAAGUGUAACUGGAAAAGAUCUAAAAGUCGAAAGUCUUAGCCCAACUGUAGGUGACGAGGAUCAAACAGCUGAAAGUACUGCCUCAAGUGUAACUGAAAAAGAUCCAAAAGUCAAAAGUCUUAGCCCAACUGUAGGUGACAAGGUACAAACAGCUGAAAGCACUGACUCAAGUGUAACUGAAAAAGAUCUAGAAGUCAAAAGUCUUAGCCCAACUGUAGGUGACAAGGUACAAACAGCUGAAAGCCCUGACUCAAGUGUAACUGGAAAAGAUCUAAAAGUCGAAAGUCUUAGCCCAACUGUAGCUGACAAGGAUCAAACAACUGAAAGUACUGCCUCAAAUGUAACUGAAAAAGAUCAAAAGGUGAAAAGUCUUAGCCCAACUGUAGGUGACAAAGUUCAAACAGCUGAAAGUACUGACUCAAGUGUAACUGAAGAAGAUAAAAACGCUGACGGUCCUGGCCAGUGUGCAACCGACAACAAUAAAGAAGGUGAAAGUCCUGGCCCAAGUGCAACCAAAAAAGAUCAGAAAGCUGAAAGUCCUGGCUCAAGUGUGACUGAAAAAGAUCAGAAAGCUGAAAGUCCUGGCUCAAGUGUAACUGAAAAAGAUCAAGAAGCUGGAAGUCCUGGCCAGAGUGCAACCAAAAAAGAUCAAACAGCUGAAAGUCCUGACCCAAGUACAACUGAAAAAGGUCAAAAAGUUGAAAGUCCAACCCCAAGAGUGGGUGAAGAAGACCAUGGGUAUAAGAAAAAGUCCAAGAUCAAGAAAAAGAGAAAACCAAGAAAGCAAAGAAGAAAAGAAGAAACUAAGUCACAAAGUGCGGCCGAAAAAGAUCCAGUCAGUUUAGACUAUAAAGAAAUGCCUGUUCCAAACAUGGCUGAACAAGACCCUGCCAUCUUGGAUUAUAAAGAAAAGCCUGUUCCAAGUGUGGCUGAACAAGAUCCUGCAAUCUUGGACUUUAAAGAAAUGACUGUUCCAAAUGUGGCUGAACAAGACCCUACCAUCUUGGAUUAUAAGGAAAAGCCUGUUCCAAGUGUGGCUGAACAAGAUCCUGCAAUCUUGGACUUUAAAGAAAUGCCUGGCCAAGGGUAA